GCCUCGACGUUCCAUCUGGAGAGCCUCGACGUUCCGCCCGAGCCCGGCGCGGGCGGCCGGGGCGCUGGCCCGGCCCUAGGACUGAGAGGCCGCCCGGCGACGCGGAUGCGGAGCCUGCUCGCCCAAGAUCAAAGCCACCGGUGCUCUCUUUGUGUCCGCUCGGGAUUCGCCGCCCUGGGGCUGUCCAUGGAAACCUAAACUGCUGGAACCCGAGGCAGAGAACCCUUCUUCGGCUUCUUGCUUUUUUUGAGGGGGGGAGGGUGGCCACUCCGACCUGGAUUUACCGUUCUUGGCCCCCUUAAGCCCCCCCGUGCGGGGGGCGGCUGUGAUCGCUCUGGCGGUUGGAGGUCGGGGAGCGGCCCGGGCUCUGGCCAUGUUCUCGGAUGAGGAUUUCUGGAUCGCCCUGUGAAGAGGUCUCCCCGAGAGGGCUCUGCCCAGUCGGAGAGAGGGAUGGACAGCCCGAAGCCGCCUGGUGAGGAUAAAGAUUCGGAACCAGCAGCUGAUGGACCUGCAGCCUCCGAGGAGUCAGGUGCCACUGAGCCAGACCUUCCCAAACCACAUGUUGGGGAGGUCUCUGUGCCCAGUUCUGGGGGUCCCCGGCUUCAGGAGCCUCCCCAGGACUGCAGCGGGGGUCCGGUGCGGCGUUGUGCUCUCUGUAACUGCGGAGAGCCCAGUCUACAUGGGCAGCGGGAGCUACGGCGCUUUGAGUUGCCAUUUGACUGGCCCCGGUGUCCCGUGGUGUCCCCUGGGGGGAACCCAGGGCCCAAUGAGGGAGCGCUGCCCAGUGAGGACCUAUCACAGAUCGGUUUCCCUGAGGGCCUGACACCUGCCCACCUGGGAGAACCUGGAGGGUCCUGCUGGGCUCACCAUUGGUGCGCUGCGUGGUCGGCAGGCGUAUGGGGGCAGGAGGGCCCAGAACUAUGUGGUGUGGACAAGGCCAUCUUCUCAGGGAUCUCACAGCGCUGCUCCCACUGCACCAGACUUGGUGCCUCCAUCCCUUGCCGCUCGCCUGGAUGUUCCCGUCUUUACCACUUCCCCUGUGCAACUGCCAGCGGUUCCUUCUUAUCCAUGAAAACACUGCAGCUGCUAUGCCCAGAGCACAGUGAGGGGGCCGCACAUCUGGAGGAGGCUCGCUGUGCAGUAUGUGAGGGGCCAGGGGAAUUAUGUGACCUGUUCUUCUGUACCAGCUGUGGGCAUCACUAUCAUGGGGCCUGUCUGGACACUGCUCUGACUGCCCGCAAGCGUGCUGGCUGGCAGUGCCCUGAAUGCAAAGUGUGCCAAGCUUGCAGGAAACCUGGGAAUGACUCUAAGAUGUUGGUCUGUGAGACGUGUGACAAAGGAUACCAUACCUUCUGCCUGAAACCACCAAUGGAGGAACUGCCUGCUCACUCUUGGAAGUGCAAGGCAUGCCGGGUGUGCCGGGCCUGUGGGGCAGGCUCAGCUGAGCUGAAUCCCAACUCUGAGUGGUUUGAGAACUACUCGCUCUGUCACCGCUGUCACAAAGCCCCGGGAGGACAGCCUGUCAGUUCUCUUGCUGAGCAGCACCCUCCGGUCUGUAGCAGAUUCUCACCCCCAGAGCCUGGCGCUACCCCCACUGAUGAGCCCAAUAGUCUGUACAUUGCGUGCCAAGGGCAGCCAAAGGGUGGAUACGUGACCUCUAUGCAACCCAAGGAACCGGGGCCCCUGCAAUGUGAAGCCAAACCACUAGGGAGAGAAGGGGCCCAACUUGAGCCCCAGUUGGAGGCCCCCCUAAAUGAGGAGAUGCCACUGCUGCCCCCACCUGAGGAGUCGCCCCUGUCCCCACCACCUGAGGACUCACCCACGUCCCCGCCGCCUGAGGCAUCGCGCCUGUCCCCACCGCCUGAGGACUCACCCCUCUCUCCACCGCCUGAGGAGUCUCCUCUGUCUCCCCCACCUGAGUCACCACCCUUCUCUUGCCCAGAGGACUCCCCCUCACAUCCCCCACUUGAUACACCCUUACCCCCACCACCUGAAGCAUCACCCCUGUCCCCACCACUGGAGGAGUCUCCUCUGUCCCCUCCCCCUGAAGAAUUGCCUACUUCCCCACCACCGGAAGCAUCUCGCCUGUCUCCACCACCGGAAGAGUCACCCAUGUCUCCGCCACCUGAAGAGUCACCCAUGUCUCCGCCACCUGAGGCCUCUUGUCUGUUCCCACCGUUUGAGGAGUCGCCCCUGUCCCCUCCACCUGAGGAAUCUCCUCUCUCUCCGCCACCUGAGGCGUCACGCCUAUCCCCACCACUUGAGGACUCACCCAUGUCCCCACCACCUGAAGACUUGCCUAUGUCCCCCCCGCCUGAGGUGUCACGCCUGUCCCCCCCGCCUGAGGAGUCUCCCCUGUCACCGCCACCUGAGGAGUCUCCCACAUCCCCUCCACCUGAGGCUUCACGCCUGUCUCCUCCGCCUGAGGACUCCCCUACAUCCCCGCCACCUGAAGACCCGCCUGCUUCCCCGCCUCCGGAGGACUUGCUCGUGUCCCUGCCGCUGGAGGAGUCACCGCUGUUGCCACUGCCUGAGGAACUGCGACUCUGCCCCCGGCCUGAGGAGCCACACCUGUCCCCUCAACCUGAGAAACCGCGCCUGUCUCCUGCACCCCAGGAGCCGCGUCUGUCCCCUGCACCCCAGGAGCUGUGCCUGUCCCCCGCAUCUGAGGAGCCACACCUGUCCCCUGCACCCCAGCAGCCGUGCCUGUCCCCUGCGCCCGAGGAGCCACGCCUGUCCCCUGCACCCCAGCAGCUGCACCUGUCCCCCGUGCCCCAACAGCCACACCUGUCCCCUGCGCCUGAGGAGCCACGCCUGUCCCCCGCGCCCAAGGAGCUGCGCCUGUCCCCUGCACCCCAGGAGCCCUGCCUGUCCACCGCGCCUCAGGAGCUGCACCUGUCCCUCAUGCCUGAGGAGCCACAUCUGUCCCUUGCAUCCGAGGAACUACGCCUGUCUCCCCAGCCUGAGGAACCGCGCCUGUCUCCCCAGCCUGAGGAACCACGCCUGUCCCCCCGGCCUGAGGAACCGCGCCUGUCCCCUCGGCCUGAGGAACCGCGCCUGUCUCCUCGGCCUGAGGAACCGCGCCUGUCCCCUCGGCCUGAGGAGCCAUGCCUGUCCCCCCGGCCUGAGGAACCGCACCUGUCCCCUCAACCUGAGGAGCCCAUUGAGGAGCCAGGCCUGUGCCCUGCAUCUGAGGAAUUGCCCUUAUUCCUCCCACCCAGGGAGCCACCCUUAUCCCCUGUGCUUGGAGAGCCGGCCCUGUCUGAGCCUGGGGAACCACCUCUGUCCCCUCUGCCUGAGGAGCUGCCGUUGUCCCCAUCUGGGGAGCCAUCUUUGUCACCUCAGCUGAUGCCACCAGAUCCUCUUCCUCCUCCACUUUCACCCAUCAUCACAACUGUGGCCCCACCAGCCCUGUCUCCGUUGGGAGAGUUAGAGUACCCCUUUGAUGCCAAAGGGGACAGUGACCCUGAGUCGCCACUGGCUGCCCCCAUCUUGGAGACACCUAUCAGCCCUCCACCGGAAGCUAACUGCACUGACCCUGAGCCUGUACCCCCUAUGAUCCUCCCCCCAUCCCCAGGCUCCCCCAUGGGACCGGCCUCUCCCAUCCUGAUGGAGCCCCUUCCCCCUCAUUGUUCCCCACUCCUCCAGCAUUCCCUGCCUCCCUCAAACUCACCUCCUUCCCAGUGCUCUCCUGCCUUGCCACUGUCGGUUCCUUUCCCGCUGAGUCCCAUGGACAAGGCAGUGGAGGUCUCAGAAGAGGCUGAGCCACAGAAGAUGGAGACUGAGAAAGCCCCAGAACCUGAGUGCCCAGCCUUGGAACCCAGCCCUACUAGUCCUCUUCCGUCUCCUCUGGGGAACCUUUCCUGCCCUGCACCCAGCCCUGCCCCAGCCCUGGAUGACUUCUGUGGCCUGGGGGAAGAUACAGCCCCUCUGGAUGGGACUGACACUCCUGGUUCACAACCAGAGGCUGGACAGACCCCUGGCAGUUUGGCUAGUGAACUUAAGUGUUCCCCUGUGCUCCUGGACUCUGAGGAGCUGGCCCCUGUGACCCCUAUGGAGGUCUAUGGCCCAGAAUGCAAGCAGGCAGGGCAGGGCUCACCCUGUGAAGAGCAAGAGGAUCCACGUGCACCAGUGGCCCCGACCCCACCUACUCUCAUCAAAUCUGACAUCGUUAAUGAGAUCUCCAAUCUGAGCCAGGGCGAUGCCAGUGCCAGUUUUCCUGGCUCAGAGCCCCUGCUGGGCUCUCCAGAUCCUGAGGGGGGUGGCUCCCUGUCCAUGGAGUUGGGGGUAUCUACAGACGUUAGUCCAGCCCGAGAUGAGGGCUCCCUGCGGCUCUGUACCGACUCGCUGCCAGAGACUGAUGACUCGCUAUUGUGUGAUGCUGGGACAGCUAUUGGAGGAGGCAAAGCCGAGGGGGACAAGGGGAGGCGGCGCAGCUCCCCAGCUCGUUCCCGCAUCAAACAGGGUCGCAGCAGUAGUUUCCCAGGGAGACGCCGGCCACGUGGAGGAGCACAUGGAGGACGUGGGAGAGGACGGGCCCGGCUAAAAUCAACUACUUCUUCCAUUGAGACUCUGGUAGUUGCUGAUAUCGAUAGCUCUCCCAGCAAGGAGGAAGAAGACGAUGAUGAUGAUACCAUGCAAAAUACUGUGGUUCUCUUCUCCAACACAGACAAAUUUGUGCUAAUGCAGGACAUGUGUGUGGUGUGUGGCAGCUUUGGCCGGGGGGCAGAGGGCCACCUCCUUGCCUGUUCCCAGUGCUCCCAGUGCUAUCACCCGUACUGUGUCAACAGCAAGAUCACCAAGGUGAUGCUGCUGAAGGGCUGGCGUUGUGUGGAAUGCAUCGUGUGCGAGGUGUGUGGCCAGGCCUCAGACCCCUCCCGCCUCCUGCUCUGUGAUGACUGUGACAUUAGCUACCACACGUACUGCCUGGACCCCCCACUGCUCACCGUGCCGAAGGGUGGCUGGAAGUGCAAGUGGUGUGUGUCUUGUAUGCAGUGUGGGGCCGCCUCCCCUGGCUUCCACUGUGAAUGGCAGAAUAGUUACACACACUGCGGGCCCUGUGCCAGCCUGGUGACCUGCCCUAUCUGUCAUGCCCCCUACGUGGAGGAGGACCUGCUGAUCCAGUGUCGCCACUGUGAACGGUGGAUGCAUGCCGGCUGUGAGAGCCUCUUCACAGAGGAUGAUGUGGAGCAGGCAGCUGAUGAGGGCUUCGACUGUGUCUCCUGCCAGCCUUACGUGGUCAAGCCUGCUGCGCCUGUCGCACCUCCAGAGUUGGUACCUAUGAAGGUGAAAGAGCCUGAGCCCCAGUACUUUCGCUUCGAGGGCGUGUGGCUGACAGAAACGGGCAUGGCGGUGCUGCGUAACCUGACCAUGUCGCCUCUGCACAAGCGGCGUCAGAGGCGUGGACGGCCCGGCCUCCCAGGUGAGGCGGGGCUGGAGGGGGCCGAGCCUUCAGAGGUCCUGGGCCCUGAUGACAAGAAGGAUGGUGACCUGGACACGGACGAGCUGCUCAAGGCUGAAGGUAGUGUGGAGCACAUGGAGUGUGAAAUUAAACUGGAGGGUCCUGUCAGCCCUGAUGGAGAGCCUGGCAAAGAGGAGACUGAGGAGAGCAAAAAACGCAAACGCAAACCCUAUCGGCCUGGCAUCGGUGGUUUCAUGGUGCGACAGCGGAAAUCCCACACACGUGUGAAAAAAGGGCCUGCAGCACAGGCGGAGGUGUUGAGUGGGGAUGGGCAGCCCGACGAGGGUGAGACGGUGUUGCCUGCUGACCUGCCUGCCGAGGGCUCUGUGGACCAGAGCUUAGCCGAUGGGGAUGAGAAGAAGAAGCAGCAGCGGCGAGGGCGCAAGAAGAACAAACUGGAGGACAUGUUCCCUGCUUACCUGCAGGAAGCCUUCUUUGGGAAGGAGCUGCUAGACCUGAGCCGGAAGGCCCUGUUUGCAGUUGGCGUGGGCCGGCCAAGCUUUGGAUUGGGAACCCCCAAAGCCAAGGGCGAUGGAGGCUCAGAGAGGAAGGAGCUCCCGACCUCACAGAAAGGAGAUGAUGGUCCAGAUGUUGCAGAUGAAGAAUCCCGUGGCCCUGAGAGCAAGGCUGAUACACCAGGACCUGAGGAUGGUGGCAUAAAGGCAUCCCCAGUGCCCAGUGACCCCGAGAAGCCAGGCACCCCGGGUGAAGGGAUGCUUAGCUCUGACUUAGACAGGAUUCCCACAGAAGAACUGCCUAAGAUGGAAUCCAAGGACCUGCAGCAGCUUUUCAAGGACGUUCUGGGUUCCGAACGAGAGCAGCAUCUGGGUUGCGGAACCCCUGGCCUGGACGGCAGCCGGACACCGCUGCAGAGGCCCUUUCUUCAAGGUGGACUCCCUUUGGGCAAUCUCCCCUCCAACAGCCCAAUGGACUCUUACCCGGGCCUCUGCCAGUCCCCAUUCCUGGAUUCUAGGGAGCGCGGGGGCUUCUUCAGCCCAGAACCCGGUGAGCCAGACAGCCCCUGGACAGGCUCGGGGGGCACCACGCCCUCCACCCCCACCACCCCCACCACGGAGGGUGAGGGCGACGGGCUCUCCUAUAAUCAGCGGAGUCUUCAGCGCUGGGAGAAGGACGAGGAGUUGGGCCAGCUCUCCACCAUCUCGCCUGUGCUGUACGCCAAUAUUAACUUCCCCAGUCUCAAGCAGGAUUACCCAGACUGGUCAAGCCGCUGCAAACAAAUCAUGAAGCUGUGGAGAAAAGUUCCAGCUGCUGAUAAAGCCCCCUACCUGCAAAAGGCCAAAGAUAACCGGGCAGCUCACCGCAUCAACAAGGUGCAGAAGCAGGCUGAGAGCCAGAUCAACAAGCAGACCAAGGUGGGCGACAUGGCCCGCAAGACUGACCGACCGGCCCUACAUCUCCGCAUUCCCCCCCAGCCAGGGGCCCUGGGCAGUCCGCCUCCCGCUGCUGCCCCCACCAUUUUCAUUGGCAGCCCCACUCCCCCCGCCGGCUUGUCUACCUCUGCGGACGGGUUCCUGAAGCCGCCGGCGGGCACGGUGCCCGGCCCCGACUCGCCUGGUGAGCUCUUCCUCAAGCUCCCGCCCCAGGUGCCCGCCCAAGUGCCUUCGCAGGACCCCUUUGGACUGGCCUCUGCCUAUGCUCUGGAGCCCCGCUUCCCCACAGUACCACCCACCUACCCUCCCUAUCCUAGUCCGACUGGGGCCCCUGCACCGCCCCCGACGCUGGGUGCCUCGUCUCGUCCUGGGACUGGCCAGCCAGGGGAGUUCCACACUACCCCACCUGGCACCCCCCGACACCAGCCCUCCACGCCUGACCCCUUCCUCAAACCCCGCUGCCCCUCGCUGGACAACCUGGCUGUGCCUGAGAGCCCAGGGGGAGGGGGAGGCAAGGCUGCUGAGCCUCUGCUGUCGCCUCUGCCUUUUGGGGAGUCUCGGAAGGCCCUGGAGGUGAAGAAGGAAGAGCUUGGGGGAUCCUCUCCAAGCUAUGGGCCCCCAAACCUGGGCUUUGUUGACUCUCCCUCCUCAGGCCCCCACCUGGGUGGCCUGGAGUUAAAGGCACCUGAUGUUUUCAAAGCCCCCCUGACCCCUCGGGCAUCUCAGGUAGAGCCCCAGAGCCCGGGCUUGGGCCUAAGGCCCCAGGAGCCACCCCCUGCCCAGGCUUUGGCCCCUUCUCCUCCCAGCCACUCGGACAUCUUUCGCCCUGGUCCCUACCCUGACCCCUACGCCCAACCCCCGCUGACCCCUCGGCCCCAGCCCCCACCACCUGAGAGCUGCUGUGCCCUGCCUCCCCGCUCACUGCCCUCUGACCCUUUCUCCCGAGUGCCCGCCAGUCCCCAGUCCCAGUCCAGCUCCCAGUCCCCAUUAACACCCCGUCCUCUGUCUGCUGAGGCUUUCUGCCCAUCCCCUGUUACCCCUCGCUUCCAAUCCCCUGACCCUUAUUCCCGUCCACCCUCGCGCCCUCAGUCCCGGGAUCCAUUUGCCCCAUUGCAUAAGCCCCCCCGCCCCCAGCCCUCUGAAGUUGCCUUCAAGGCUGGGCCUCUAGCCCACACUCCGCUGGGGGCUGGGGGUUUCCCAGCAGCCCUGCCCUCAGGGCCAGCAGGUGAGCUCCAUGCCAAGGUCCCAAGUGUGCAACCCCCCAAUUUUGCCCGGUCCCCUGGGACCAGUGCAUUUGUGGGCACCCCUUCUCCCAUGCGUUUCACUUUCCCUCAGGCGGUCGGGGAGCCUCCCUUAAAGCCCCCUGUCCCUCAGCCUGGUCUCCCUCCACCCCAUGGGAUCAACAGCCAUUUUGGGCCCGGCCCUACCAUGGGCAAGCCUCAAAGCACAAACUACGCAGUAGCCGCAGGGAACUUCCGCCCAUCGGGCAGCCCCCUGGGGCCCAGCAGCGGGCCUGCAGGAGAGGGCUACGGGCCGUCCCCGCUGCGCCCCCCGUCAGUCCUUCCCCAACCCGCACCCGACGGGCCCCUCCCCUGCCUGCCCCAUGGGGCCGCACCACGGGCGGGCAUCACCUCUCCGGUCGAGAAGCGAGAAGACCCAGGGGCUGGCACGGGCAGCUCUUUGGCGGCACCUGAGCUUUCAGGUACCCAGGACCCAGGCAUGUCUGGCCUCAGUCAGACAGAACUAGAGAAGCAGCGACAGCGCCAGCGACUGCGGGAGCUGUUGAUUCGGCAGCAGAUGCAGCGCAACACCCUUCGGCAGGAGAAGGAGACUGCGGCAGCUGCCGGAGCAGUGGGACCCCCAGGCAGCUGGGGUGCUGAGCCUAGUAGCCCUGCGUUUGAGCAGCUGGGUCGAGGCCAGACCCCCUUUGCUGGGACCCAGGACAAGAGCAGCCUUGUGGGGCUGCCCCCAAGCAAGCUGGGUGGCCCCAUCCUGGGGCCAGGGGCUUUCCCCAGUGAUGACCGACUCUCCCGGCCACCUCCACCAGCCACCCCUUCCUCUAUGGAUGUUAACAGCCGGCAAUUGGUGGGGGGCUCCCAAGCCUUCUAUCAGCGAGCACCGUAUCCUGGGUCCCUGCCCUUACAGCAGCAGCAGCAGCAGCAACUGUGGCAGCAGCAGCAACAGGCAACAGCAGCAGCUUCCAUGCGACUUACCAUGUCUGCGCGCUUUCCCUCAACUCCUGGGCCUGAACUUGGUCGCCAAACCCUAGGUUCCCCUUUGGCUGGAAUUUCCAACCGCCUGCCUGGCCCUGGUGAACCAGUGCCUGGCCCAGCUGGUCCUGCCCAGUUCAUUGAGUUGCGGCACAAUGUACAGAAAGGACUCGGACCGGGGGGGCCUCCAUUUCCCGGUCAGGGCCCUCCACAGAGACCCCGUUUUUACCCUGUAACUGAGGAUUCCCACCGACUGGCCCCUGAAGGGCUUCGUGGCCUAGCAGUCUCAGGCCUUCCUCCACAGAAACCUUCAGCCCCACCAGCUCCUGAACUGAACAACAGCCUCCAUCCAACGCCCCACACCAAGGGUCCCAACCUGCCCACUGGCUUGGAGCUAGUCAGCCGGCCCCCCUCCAGCACUGAGCUUGGCCGCCCCCCUCCUCUGGCCCUGGAAGCUGGAAAACUACCUUGUGAGGAUCCUGAGCUGGAUGAUGACUUUGAUGCCCACAAGGCCUUGGAGGACGAUGAGGAGCUUGCUCACUUGGGCCUGGGUGUGGAUGUGGCCAAGGGAGACGAUGAGCUGGGUACUCUGGAAAACCUAGAGACCAAUGAUCCCCACCUCGAUGACCUGCUCAAUGGGGAUGAGUUUGACCUGCUGGCCUAUACUGACCCUGAGCUGGACACGGGGGACAAGAAGGACAUCUUCAAUGAGCAUCUGAGGCUGGUGGAGUCAGCCAAUGAAAAGGCUGAACGAGAGGCUCUGUUGCGAGGGGUGGAGCCAGGACCCUUGGGCCCCGAGGAGCACCCUCCCCCGGCUGCGGAUGCGCCUGAGCCCCGUCUGGCAUCAGGGCUUCCCGAGGUGAAGCCCAAGGUGGAGGAGGGUGGGCGCCACCCUUCCCCUUGCCAGUUUACCAUUACCACCCCCAAGGCAGAGCCAGCACCUGUCACCACUUCCCUAGGCCUGGGGGUGAAGCCAGGUCAGAGUGUGACGGGCAGCCGGGACACUCGAAUGGGCACAGGAACUUUUUCUAGCAGUGGGCACACAGCUGAGAAGGUCCCCUUUGGGACCACAGGAGGACCACCAGCUCACCUGCUGACGCCCAGCCCACUGAGUGGCCCGGGAGGGUCCUCCCUACUGGAAAAGUUUGAGCUAGAGAGUGGGGCCCUGACUUUGCCUGGUGGACAUGCAUCUGGGGAUGAGCUGGACAAGAUGGAGAGCUCACUGGUAGCCAGUGAGUUACCCCUGCUCAUUGAGGACCUGUUGGAACAUGAGAAGAAAGAGCUGCAGAAGAAGCAGCAGCUUUCAGCGCAGCUGCAGCCUGUGCAGCAGCAGCAGCCCCAGCAGCAUUCCCUGCUGUCCACGCCAGGCCCUGCCCAGGCUGUGUCUUUGCCCCAUGAGGGCUCUUCUCCCAAUUUGGCUGGCCCUCAACAGCAGCUUUCCCUGGGACUUGGAGGCUCCCGACAGCCAGGCUUGGCCCAACCGUUGAUGCCCACCCAGCCACCAGCUCAUGCCCUCCAGCAGCGCCUGGCCCCAUCCAUGGCCAUGGUAUCCAACCAAGGGCAUAUGCUAAGUGGGCAGCAUGGGGGACAGGCAGGCUUGGUGCCCCAGCAGAACCCACAGCCAGUGCUGGCACAGAAGCCCAUGGGUACCAUGCCACCGUCCAUGUGCAUGAAACCACAGCAGCUGGCAAUGCAGCAGCAGUUGGCUAACAGCUUUUUCCCAGAUACAGACCUGGACAAAUUCGCUGCAGAAGAUAUCAUUGAUCCUAUUGCAAAGGCCAAGAUGGUGGCUUUGAAAGGCAUCAAGAAGGUGAUGGCUCAGGGCAGCAUUGGAGUGGCACCUGGUAUGAACAGGCAGCAAGUGUCCCUGCUAGCUCAGAGGCUCUCAGGGGGGCCCGGUAGUGAUCUGCAGAACCACGUGGCAGCUGGGAGUGGCCAGGAGCGGGGUGCCGGUGACUCCUCCCAGCCUCGUCCCAAUCCACCCACUUUUGCCCAGGGAGUGAUCAAUGAGGCUGACCAGCGGCAGUAUGAGGAGUGGCUGUUCCAUACCCAGCAGCUCCUACAAAUGCAACUGAAGGUGCUAGAGGAGCAGAUAGGGGUGCACCGCAAGUCCCGGAAAGCCCUGUGUGCCAAGCAGCGCACUGCCAAGAAGGCUGGCCGGGAGUUCCCCGAGGCUGAUGCUGAGAAGCUAAAGCUGGUUACAGAACAACAGAGCAAGAUCCAGAAACAGCUGGAUCAGGUCCGGAAGCAGCAGAAGGAGCACACUAACUUAAUGGCAGAAUAUCGGAAUAAGCAGCAGCAGCAGCAACAACAGCAGCAGCAACAGCAGCAGCACUCAGCCGUACUUGCCCUUAGCCCUUCCCAGAGUCCCCGGCUACUCACCAAGCUUCCUGGUCAGCUACUCCCAGGCCAUGGGCUGCAGCCACCUCAAGGACCCCCUGGGGGGCAAGCUGCAGGUCUUCGCCUGACCCCCGGGGGCAUGGCCCUACCUGGACAGCCUGGUGGCCCCUUCCUCAACACCACCCUGGCCCAACAGCAGCAGCAGCAACAUUCUGGUGGAGCUGGGGCCCUGGCUGGCCCCUCGGGGGGCUUUUUCCCUGGCAACCUUGCUCUUCGAGGCCUGGGACCUGACUCGAGGCUUUUACAGGAAAGGCAGCUGCAGCUCCAACAGCAGCGCAUGCAGCUGGCCCAGAAACUGCAACAGCAGCAGCAGCAGCAUCUCCUAGGACAGGUGGCAAUCCAGCAGCAACAGCAGCAGGGUCCAGGAGUACAGGCAAACCAGGCUCUGGGUCCCAAGCCCCAGGGCCUUCUGCCUCCCAGCAGCCACCAGGGCCUCUUGGUCCAGCAGCUGUCCCCCCAACCACCCCAGGGGCCCCAGGGCAUGCUGGGCCCUGCCCAGGUGGCAGUAUUGCAGCAGCAGCAACCACACCCUGGAGCUUUGGGCCCCCAGGGCCCUCACAGACAGGUGCUCCUGACCCAGCCGCGGGUGCUAAGUUCUCCCCAGAUGGCACAGCAGGGUCAGGGCCUAAUGGGACACCGGCUGGUCACAUCCCAGCAGCAGCAACAGCACCAACAGCAAGGAUCCAUGGCCGGGCUUUCCCAUCUUCAGCAGGGUCUGAUGCCACACAAUGGGCAGCCCAAACUGGGUGCUCAGCCCAUGGCCGCCUUGCAGCAGCAACAGUUGCAACAGCAGCAGCAGCAGCAGCAACUUCAACAACACCAACAGCUUCAACAACAGCAGCAGCAACAGCAGCUACAACAACAGCAGCAGCAGUUACAACAGCAGCAGCAGCAGCAACAGCAGCUACAACAACAGCAGCAGCAACAGCAGCUUCAACAGCAACAGCAGCAACAGCAGCUUCAGCAGCAGCAGCAGCUUCAGCAGCAGCAGCAACAGCAGCUUCAACAGCAGCAGCAGCAGCUUCAACAGCAGCAGCAGCAGCUUCAACAGCAGCAGCAGCAACAGCAGCUUCAACAGCAGCAGCAGCAACAGCAGCUUCAACAGCAGCAGCAGAUGGGCCUCUUGAGCCAGAGUCGAGCUUUACUGUCUCCUCAACAGCAACAGCAGCAGCAACAGAUGACACUUGGCCCUGGCAUGCCAGCCAAGCCUCUGCAACACUUUUCUAGCCCCGGAGCCCUGGGCCCAACCCUCAUCCUAACGGGCAAGGAACAAAGCAUCGUAGAGACAGCUCUUCCUUCAGAGGCCAGUGAGGGGCCCUCCACACAUCAGGGAGGGCCCUUACCAAUGGGGACUGUACCAGAGUCCGUGGCCACUGAACCAGGAGAGGUGAAGCCCUCACUGUCUGGGGACUCACAACUCCUGCUUGUCCAGCCCCAGGCGCAGCCUCAGCCCAAUUCUCUGCAGCUGCAGCCACCUCUGAGGCUCCCAGGACAACAGCAGCCGCCAGUUAACUUGCUCCACACAGCAGGCGCAGGAAGCCAUGGGCAACCAGGCAGUGGAUCGUCUGAGGCCUCGUCUGUGCCCCACCUACUGGCCCAAUCCUCUGUUUCCUUAGGGGAACAGCCUGGAUCCGUAACCCAGAACCUUCUGAGCUCCCAACAGCCCCUUGGACUAGAGCGGCCUAUGCAAAAUAACAUAGGGCCACAGCCUGCCAAGCCGGGAUCUGUCCCGCAGUCUGGCCAGAGCCUGCCAGGGGCUGGGGUCAUGCCUACAGUGGGUCAGCUUCGGGCACAGCUCCAAGGAGUCCUGGCCAAAAACCCACAGCUGCGGCAUUUGAGUCCUCAGCAGCAGCAGCAGCUCCACGCGCUUCUCAUGCAGAGGCAGCUACAGCAGAGUCAGGCAGCACGCCAGGCCCCACCCUACCCGGAGCCUGGGACCCAGCCCUCUCCCCUCCAAGGCCUCCUGGGCCGCCAGCCCCAACCUGGGGGCUUCCCUGGAUCCCAGACAGGCCCUCUUCAGGAGCUAGGGGCCGGGCUUCGACCUCAGGGCCCACCCCGACUCCCCGCCCCACAAGGAGCCUUAUCCACAGGACCAGUUCUUGGCCCUGUCCAUCCCACACCUCCACCAUCCAGCCCCCAAGAGCCAAAGAGACCUUCCUCCCAAUUACCUUCCCCUAGCUCCCAGCUCCCCUCCGAGGCCCAGCUCCCUAUCACCCAGCCAGGAACCCCCAAGCCCCAGGGGCCACCCUUGGAGCUUCCUCCUGGGAGGGUCUCACCUGCUGCUGCCCAGCUUGCGGAUACCUUCUUUGGCAAGGGACUGGGACCUUGGGACCCCCCAGACCACCUAGUGGAAGCCCAGAAGCUGGAGCAAAGCAGCAUGGCACCUGGGCAUCUGGACCAGGUGAAUGGGCAGGUGGUACCUGAGCCACCACAUCUCAACAUCAAGCAGGAGCCUCGGGAAGAGCCGUGUGCCCUGGGGUCCCAGGCGGUGAAGAGGGAGGCCAACGGGGAGCCUGUAGGGGCACCAGGUACCAGCAACCACCUCCUGCUGGCAGGGCCCCGCUCAGAAGCCGGGCAUCUGCUCUUGCAGAAGCUUCUACGAGCAAAGAAUGUGCAACUCAGUACUGGGCGGGGGCCCGAGGGGCUGCGAGCUGAGAUCAACGGGCACAUUGACAGCAAGCUUGCUGGGCUGGAGCAGAAACUGCAGGGUACCCCCAGCACCAAGGAGGAUACAGCAGCAAGGAAGCCUUUGACACCGAAGCCCAAGCGGGUACAGAAGGCAAGCGACAGGUUGGUGAGCUCCCGAAAGAAGCUGCGGAAGGAGGACGGGGUCAGGGCCAGCGAGGCCUUGCUGAAACAGCUGAAACAGGAGCUGUCCCUGCUGCCCCUCACGGAGCCUACCAUCACCGCCAACUUUAGCCUCUUUGCUCCCUUUGGCAGCGGCUGCCCGAUCAGUGGGCAGUGCCAGCUGAGAGGGGCCUUCGGAAGUGGGGUGCUGCCCACGGGCCCUGACUACUAUUCCCAGCUGCUUACCAAGAAUAACCUGAGUAACCCGCCGACACCACCCUCGUCGCUGCCCCCCACCCCACCCCCAUCGGUGCAGCAGAAGAUGGUUAAUGGCGUCACUCCGUCUGAAGAGCUGGGGGAGCACCCCAAGGAUGCCGCCUCUGCCCGGGACACUGAAGGGGUGCUGAGGGAUGCUUCAGAAGUGAAAAGUCUAGACCUGCUGGCCGCUUUGCCUACGCCCCCUCACAAUCAGACUGAGGAUGUCAGGUGCAGAAGGGGCAGAGAUGGGGAUGAGGAAUUGAGGAUGGAGAGUGAUGAGGACAGCGAUUCUCCUGACAGCAUCGUGCCAGCUUCAUCCCCUGAGAGCAUCCUGGGGGAGGAGGCCCCCCGUUUCCCUCAGCUGGGCUCAGGCCGGUGGGAGCAGGAUGACCGGGCUCUCUCCCCCGUCAUCCCCAUCAUUCCUCGGGCCAGCAUUCCAGUCUUCCCAGAGAGCAAACCUUAUGGGGUCCUGGAUCUGGAGGCCACCAGGAAGCUGCCUGCCCCAACUUGGGAAAAGGGCAAAGGAAGCGAGGUGUCAGUCAUGCUGACGGUUUCUGCUGCUGCCGCCAAGAACCUGAAUGGCAUGAUGGUGGCAGUGGCAGAGCUGCUGAGCAUGAAGAUCCCCAAUUCCUAUGAGGUGCUGUUCCCAGAGAGCCCUGCCCGGGCCGGCAUCGAGCCUAAGAAGGGGGAGGCUGAGGGCCCUGGUGGGAAAGAAAAGAGUCUGGGAGGCAAGAGCCCAGAGGCUGGCCCUGAUUGGCUGAAGCAGUUUGAUGCUGUGUUGCCUGGCUAUACACUCAAGAGUCAGUUAGACAUCUUGAGUCUCCUCAAACAGGAGAGCCCUGCCCCAGAGCCCCCCACCCAGCACAGCUACACCUACAACGUCUCCAACCUGGAUGUGCGACAGCUCUCGGCCCCACCUCCUGAAGAACCCUCCCCACCCCCUUCCCCUCUGGCACCCUCUCCUGCCAGCCCCCCUGCUGAACCCUUGGUUGAACUUCCAGCUGAACCCUCAGCUGAGCCACCGAUCCCCUCGCCUCUGCCACUGGCCUCGUCCCCUGAAUCUACCCGGCCCAAGCCCCGAGCCCGGCCUCCUGAGGAAGGUGAAGAUUCCCGGCCCCCUCGCCUCAAGAAGUGGAAGGGGGUGCGCUGGAAGCGGCUCCGGCUGCUGCUGACUAUCCAGAAGGGUGGUGUGCGGCAGGAGGAUGAGCGGGAAGUGGCUGAGUUCAUGGAACAGCUCGGCACAGCCUUGCGACCUGACAAGGUGCCUCGAGACAUGCGGCGCUGCUGCUUCUGUCAUGAGGAGGGGGAUGGGGCCACGGAUGGGCCUGCCCGCCUGCUGAACCUGGACUUGGACUUGUGGGUGCACCUCAACUGUGCCCUGUGGUCCACAGAGGUAUAUGAGACCCAGGGCGGGGCGCUGAUGAACGUGGAGGUUGCCCUGCACCGAGGCCUGCUCACCAAGUGCUCCCUGUGCCAGCGCACCGGUGCCACCAGCAGCUGCAAUCGAAUGCGUUGCCCCAAUGUCUACCAUUUUGCCUGCGCCAUCCGCGCCAAGUGCAUGUUCUUCAAGGACAAGACCAUGCUGUGUCCAAUGCAUAAGAUCAAAGGGCCCUGUGAGCAGGAGCUGAGCUCUUUUGCUGUCUUCCGGAGGGUCUACAUCGAGCGGGAUGAGGUGAAGCAGAUUGCCAGCAUCAUCCAGCGGGGAGAGCGGCUGCACAUGUUCCGGGUGGGCGGCCUUGUGUUCCACGCCAUUGGACAGCUGCUGCCCCACCAGAUGGCCGACUUCCACAGUGCCACUGCCCUCUAUCCAGUGGGCUACGAGGCCACGCGCAUCUACUGGAGCCUCCGCACUAACAACCGUCGCUGCUGCUACCGCUGCUCCAUCGGCGAGAACAAUGGGCGGCCGGAGUUCGUGAUCAAAGUCAUGGAGCAGGGCCUGGAGGACAUGGUCUUCACGGACGCCUCUCCCCAGGCCGUUUGGAAUCGCAUCAUUGAGCCUGUGGCAGCCAUGAGGAAAGAGGCCGACAUGCUGCGUCUCUUCCCCGAGUACCUGAAAGGCGAGGAGCUCUUUGGGCUGACAGUGCACGCCGUGCUGCGCAUAGCUGAAUCACUGCCUGGAGUGGAAAGCUGUCAAAAUUAUUUAUUCCGCUAUGGACGCCACCCCCUGAUGGAGCUACCACUCAUGAUCAACCCCACUGGCUGUGCUCGGUCAGAGCCUAAAAUCCUCACACACUACAAACGGCCCCACACUCUGAACAGCACCAGCAUGUCCAAGGCAUAUCAGAGCACCUUCACAGGCGAGACCAACACCCCGUACAGCAAGCAGUUUGUGCACUCCAAGUCAUCUCAGUACCGGCGGCUGCGCACUGAGUGGAAGAACAAUGUCUACCUGGCUCGCUCCCGUAUCCAGGGCCUGGGUCUCUAUGCAGCCAAGGACCUAGAAAAGCACACAAUGGUCAUCGAGUACAUUGGCACCAUCAUUCGCAAUGAAGUGGCCAACCGGCGGGAGAAAAUCUAUGAGGAGCAGAAUCGAGGCAUCUACAUGUUUCGAAUAAACAACGAACAUGUCAUUGAUGCUACGUUGACCGGAGGCCCCGCCAGGUACAUUAACCAUUCUUGUGCCCCUAACUGUGUGGCGGAAGUCGUGACAUUUGACAAGGAGGACAAAAUCAUCAUCAUCUCCAGCCGGCGAAUCCCCAAAGGAGAGGAGCUGACAUAUGACUAUCAGUUUGAUUUUGAGGACGAUCAGCACAAGAUCCCCUGCCACUGUGGAGCCUGGAAUUGUCGGAAAUGGAUGAACUAAGAAGCUUUGAGGCUACCAGGCAGGGGAGUCCCCCCACCCCCAACCUCUUCCCUGAAAGGGAUGAGGGGGAAGAGAGGUAGCAGCCAGAGCCAGGACCCAGGGCUGGGGCUGCCGGCUGACCGGAGCCCCUGGAGCAGGAGGCUGGGGCAGAGGGCCCUAGGCCAAGCCCACCCUGGGCACCAGGGAUGACCCUCUUCCCCGCCACCGGCCCCCAGGCUGGCAUCUCUGCCCCCAGCUCCAGGAGGGGCCAGACAGAAGCAGCCAUUGGGCAUCUCAGGUUUGAGGGGGAUAUGGGCCGGGAACUACCCAGAAGCAUCUGGGAGGCAGCAGGGAGGAGGGAGGAGGAUGUGUGGCCGGGCCUCACAGCCCUGCUGCUCCCACCGACCUCUCUGGCCCAACUCAAGGCUGCAAAGAGACUUGACUAAGCUUGACAAUCCCAAAGGCCGGGUCCCACACCUGGCCCUGCCUGCCGGGUCCUGCCCCCACCCUCACCCCCAUCCCCUUCCUUCUCGAUCUGUCUCUGUCUCCCUCUUCUCCUCUGUGUUUCUGUCUCUCUAUGGGUUGUGUUUCCUUGUUUUCCAAUCUGACAAAUGCAACAUGAAUGGGAAAGAGGCGCCCAGCUGCCCAGGAGGGCAAGCCAGGCAAGCCGGGCAAGGAGACCCCGCACCCACACCUACCUCAUUUAAGUGUUGGAUUUUUUGCUGUUUUGAAAUGUGAGACCCUCUCCAAGCCCCCUACUGCCCCAACCCUCUCCCCCACCUCACUGCCCUCUUCUGAGUGGGUGGAAGGGGGGUAGGAGGAAGAAGAAAAAACAACAACAAAAAAUCCAUCUUUGUUUUUAAUUACGGGCAUGGGAUGGUGGUUGAGGCUAAUGAUGAUGAAGAUUGGGGAUGACUGGCCCCUAGUUGCUCUAGGACUUCCUUCUCCAUCUGGACAUGGGGGCAGGAGGGGUGUGCUUAGGACCAGAGUAUCUCCCUCCUGUUUUCCCAACCCCAUCAUGAGCCCAUUUGCCCUCCAGCCCCUGGAUGGGGUGGGUGGGUGGUAGGGUGAGGGCUAUCCCUGAGUGGCAUGCCCAUACCCAGUGAGGCAGGGUGUGGCCCGGAGCUCCCACUUUCCCUCAGUCACCAAACUGCUGCUGGUCUGGUGAGAAGGGGUGGUGAUGUGGGGGUGGGGGAGCUUAGUGUCAGCGCGGGGAGGGUGGGGGGUAUUUAUCUAUUUAUACAUGGGAUUGUACAUAGUCUUGUGGGGCAUGGGGGAGCCGGCUGGAGGUGAGAACCCUCCCCUCUCCCCCCACCCCCGGGGAGAGCAAAUGUAAAACUACUAAUUUUUGUGCUUUAUAUAUUCUAUAUAAAUAUAUCUAUUUUCUUUUUACAAAACCAGUUUAUAAAUGGUAGGGGGGUGUGGGGCGGAUACAUGGAGCUCCCCUUGUGGGGGAGCCCCCUCCAUUACCCAACCUACCGCCCUUUUCCUCACCCCCUCCUCCCCACCCCCUGGCUGUGACUGCUGUAAGGUGGGGGUAUAGAGGCUGGGCGAUUCCCACCCCCUUUUGUAUAGUUGGACUAUGUUAUAACGCACAAAAGUGAGCUGGCCCCAGGGGGAGCCAGAGGGUAAUGGGUUCCCCUGCCUCCCUUUCCUUCCCCUUUCUGCCCAAGCUUGUGCUGCAGUUGAACCUCUUCCUGGGGGUAGGGGUAGGUCAGGGGGUGGGUGAGGCCCCAGACCCCUCUCUGGUAGGGAGCCAUGGGGAUGAAGAUGAAGCUUAUAUGCAGUUCUCUCCUAGGGGCUGUGGGCAAAGGGCAUUUUGUAAUUAAUAUUUUCAAGAAUCAAAUGUCUGGAGUGUGGGGGUGGGCUUGGUGGUGGUGUAUGGGUGGGCCUGCUGGAGGGGGAGCACGGUCGCUGUUGUGAUUUUAGGUUUGUUUUUGUUUGUUUUUGAAUUUGGGGGGUUGCGGAUUGAUGGGGGUAGGGAAAUUUUUUUUUUUUAAGCUGCUUCCUCAACUGUUUCAAGCUGCAAAUGUUUAAGAGAAUAACAUCCCCCACCCCCACAGAAACCACUGUAAUGAGAUCACAGUGGGGAGACUGGGCUUCUGCCCCCAUAGCCAUUGGAUGUUCCUUUUCCAAGAGCAGAAGGUCUAGGUUACAGGGAAGGGGAGACUGGCUCCUGCCAGUCAGGCUCUGACUGGGGCUUGGGCCCUGGGAUUGGGAAAAGGGGAUGGGGCAGACUUUGUAAGCAUAUGCUAGGUAUCUGAUAGUCCUGUAGAAUUUAGUGAAGAAACCUUAUACAGUUUUUAAUUUUUAUAUAAACUAACUCAGACCCAAGCUACAAGGUUGGAAUUUUGGUUGUUGGUUUUUUUUUAAGUACCCCGCCUGUAUAAUUGCAUCAGAAUUCCCUCCCUCCCCCUCGCCCCCCCCCAUGUUUGUACUUUGGGUUGGUUUACACUUGCACAUAUUCAGUUUUCAGUUUUUUCCCAUUUAUGGUCUUCUCCCCUCACCUCCAGGACCCUCCCCCUUUUUAAAAAAUAAAUUUCUGACAAGUGUGAAUCCCGUGAAGACUUUAUUUUGUGUUGUGUGUAUCCUGUACAGCAAGGUUGGUCCUUCGUAACAACGGAUGAAAUGAUUCCCUUUUUUAAAGCGCCCUCUCUCCCUCCAACCCCAGCGCCCCUGUCCUUGGCAUGUUUUGUAUCAGCGAACAUUCUGAACUGUACAUAAUUUAUGUUGCAAGAGGCAAAGGGCAAGUUUUGGAUUUUGCUUCUUCCGAGUUUGUUUUUAAACGACAAAUAAAAAAAAGAA